CAGGUCUACCUUCUCACUACUAUCUCACAUACUGACCUCUUUGUAACAUUAUAUUCUGUUUGUAAACUCAUCUGUAGCUGUUAUAACUUUUUAUUUUUAUUUUCAACGAAAAGUUUUCUCUUUUUGUAUAAACGCAAUUAUUUGUCUAUCAAAAUGCGAGAUUAUUGAAGGAUAUGGGCAAAAUGGGAGACCAGCAUAAAAUAAAGAAAACGGUUUUGCACGCGGGAACAACUUACACACCGCUAAACGAUGGAGACAGGGUCACAUUUCACUUUCAAACAAGGAAAUGCGAUGAUAAUAAGACAGUGAUAGAUGAUAGCAGGAAGAAUGGCCAGCCGAUGACUCUAGUCCUUGGAAAAAAGUUCAAACUGGAGGUGUGGGAGUCGAUAGUGAAACAGAUGUCUGUAAAUGAAGUGGCAUCAUUUGUUGUUGACAAAUCGUUAGUGCUCACGUAUCCGCUGGUCGCUAAGACACUCAGAGACUGCAAAAACGAGGCGUAUAAAAGGCGUCCGAGGCACUGUACCGGCCAUUUUUUUCAUGGCCUGGAAUACGAUGAUCUUGAUGAAUUGAUGAAGAACCCCUGUGAUCUUGAGUUCAUCAUCGAGCUCAUCUCUGUCGAACACUCCAACGAAUACGAACACGAGACGUGGCAGCUCAACGAGGAGGACAGGAUCCUGCAAAUUCCGAAACUGAGGGAAGAAGGCAACAGUCUUUAUAAAAGCAAACAGUAUGAAAAGGCUGCUGAAAAGUAUUCAAGAGCGAUUGGCUUCCUCGAACAACUAAUGCUUAGUGAGAAGCCCAGGGCAAGCGAAUGGAACGAAUUGAACAAACAGAAACUCCCCCUUCUUCUAAAUUUUGCCCAAUGCAAACUCGUACUGAAGGAAUACUAUGAAGUCAUUGAACACUGCAGUUCUGUUUUAGAAUUCGAACCAGACAAUGUGAAAGCUCUUUAUCGAAGGGGCAAAGCACAUGCAGCAGUGUGGAAUGGCAAAGAGGCCAAGGAUGACCUGACGAAAGCUUUACGGCUCGACCCAUCCCUUGAAAAGGAUAUUACCAACCAGCUGAAAGCGAUUGAAAUACAAAACCGCGAAAGGGAGAGUGUAAUGAAAGAAAAACUCCAAGGGAAAUUGUUUUAAAAUUAAAUUUUUUUUUCAAUAAAAUAAUUUGUCUUGU